CAGCAGUUGCAUGUCUUCAUUCAAGCAAAGGCUUAAAUUCUCAAUACCCCAAUACUACCAGACAAGAAAUGGGGCUGUUUUCUGAAAUAUUAGCCCUGGAGUGGAUGGACACAAGAGGUGUUUUAAUAUUCAUCUUUGUUUUCCUGAUCCUUGCUGACUAUUUAAGGAAUAGAAGCCCCUCCGAUUUUCCUCCCGGACCCUGGACUCUUCCUAUUAUCCGGGACACAUAUCGGGUCGAUCCCAACAAAAUGCAUCUGAAUUUUGAGGAGUUUGCUGCGAAAUAUGGACCAAUUUUUAGCAUUCAAAUCUUGGGUGGAAGAGUUGUGGUUGUCAAUGGAUACAAGCUUAUGAGAGAAGUCUUGGUCAAGAGAGGAGAAGACUAUACAGAUCGCCCGAUUAUACCAAUAAUCUACGAUGUGAAUGAAACAAAAGGUUUGUUGUUGUCUAGUGGUAACUCGUGGAAGCAGCAGAGGAGAUUUGCUCUCUACACACUGAGGAACUUUGGUUUGGGUAAGACGCGUCUGGAACCAACCAUCCAGCAGGAGUGCCAGUACCUGAUUGAGAGCUUUGCACAGCAGCAAGGAGCGCCCUCCAAUCCUAGAACAGCCUUAAUCAAGGCCACCUCCAACAUCAUCUCCUGUUUGGUGUUUGGGAAACGCUUUGAGUACACUGAUAAGAAGCAUCAGUCUAUCGUUGAGGACUUUCAUGAAUUAGUAAAGCUACAAGGAGGGAGAGGGGCGAUGCUGUACAACACGUUUCCAUGGCUGGUGAAGCAUUUUCCUGGACCUCACAGGGGGGUGUUCACUCUGACUCGUAGAGUUUUGUCCUACAUUGAAGAGCGGGUCGAAGAGCACAGAGUGGAUCAUGACCCCUCAUUGCCCAGAGACUACAUCGACUGCUUCCUCACAGAAAUGCUCAAGAAUGAGGCUCCUGAAUCAAGGUUUGACAUCGAGAACCUGAGUGUUUGUACACUGGACCUAUUUAUUGCUGGGACUGAAACCACCACCACCACUCUGCAUUGGGGACUGCUGUUCAUGACCUACUACCCUGACAUACAAAAGAAAGUCCACGCUGAACUAGAUACCGUAGUUGGCUCAUCUAGGCAACCCUCCAUGUCUGACAGAGACAGCACUCCCUAUACUUACGCUGUCAUACAAGAAACCCAAAGGAUGGGUAACAUCUUACCUCUCAAUGUUGCCCGUAUGACUACAAGGGAAACCCACAUUGGAAAGUACACUCUCCCAAAGGGUACCGUGGUGAUGGCCACCCUGAACUCGGUUCUACGUGAUGAGACUAUGUGGGAAACGCCACACUCCUUCAACCCUCAACACUUCCUGGACCGGGACGGGCAGGCCAGAAAGAGGGAGGCCUUCCUGCCCUUUUCAGCUGGGAAGCGCGUGUGUCCUGGAGAACAGCUCGCGAGGAUGGAGCUGUAUCUCUUCUUCACCUCCCUCCUUCAAAUGUUUUCUUUUUCUUCACCCCCUGGAGAAAAGCUCAGUCUAGACUCGGCGUUUGCAUUCACAAACUGUCCACAGCCCUUCCGCCUGUGUGCCACGCCACGUUGAAUCCAUCAUCCCAAGCCUUUCCAUUAUUAAACCUCUAGCAUUAGAACAUCAAUGACCCACGUUAUAAUAAACGUUGUUCUCCCAUUUUGGGAUUCUACCUUGUGUUUGAGGAACUUUUAAUAAUUGUGCGAUUGAUUAAGUGAUGAUACUUUUGGAUGACCGUUCCAUAAAUACAAUUCGGUCCACAUAUCCUUGCGAUGAUUAACCAGUUUAACAAGACUACAGUUUGAUUUUGUGGGAAUAACAUUGUUAAAGAUGAAGAUGAAAUUCGAUAACACCCGGAAGAUAUUUUUGUUUGCCAUUGUGUCGAUUGUUAUUAGAGAAGUUAUUAUACAAUCCUAAACACCAUAUGUUUGACGUACGUCAUAGGUUUGGUAACUUGAGACGACAAAAUUAAAACCUUUGAUCA